AUCAUCAUCAAGCCCCUUCCAAAUCUUGCACGGGAAACUCUAUAAAACCCACAGAAUACGAUCCCAACCCACCCACCACCAUGAACCGCCACCACUUCCACCCUUUCACCUUCCCGGAAUCCCAGUCCACCGUCAUACCUGACCCCUCUUCUUUCUUCUCGCCGGACCUCCUCUCUUCCCCUCUUCCCACAAACUCAUUUUUCCAAAACUUUGUCCUCAAAAAUGGCGAUCAACCCGAAUAUAUCCACCCAUAUCUUAUCAAAUCAUCUCUCUCCUCGCUCUCGCUCUCUUACCCAUCUCUAUUUUCCAACACUUCAUUCACAUAUCAAAUCUUUAUCCCUGAUCUCACCAUAUCCGUUUUGAAUAACCCGAAUCAAACUCAUAUCAUAUCUUCUUACAGUGAUCUGAGUGUCACUUUGGACCUUCAACCCAAUUUGAGAUUCUUUCUCGUUAGAGGCAGCCCGUUUUUGACAUGCCAAAUCUUGCACAGUGUCGCGCUAUCCAUUUCGACUAUUCACGCGAUUCUUGAUUUUGUUCCCAAUCAUUCUAAAACCAAGUAUAAGAUCAAUCUGAAUAAUGGUCAAACAUGGGUUUUGUAUUCUUCUUCACCCAUCAUUUUGACCCAUGAGAUAUCCACGAUUUCAUCUGAAGAGUUCCGCGGUAUAAUACGCAUUGCUAUAUUGCCAAAUACCGAUUCGGAAUUCGAAUCGGUUCUUGACAGGUUCAGUUCUUGUUAUCCGGUUUCGGGCCAUGCUGUGUUCAGUAAGCCAUUUUGUGUUGAAUACAAAUGGGAGAAGAAAGGUUGGGGGGAUUUGUUGAUGUUAGCAAACCCUCUUCAUCUUCGUCUUAUUGAUGAUUGUUCAAUUAAUGUUCUUGAUGGUUUUAAAUACAAGAGUAUUGAUGGUGAACUUGUGGGUGUUGUUGGGGAUUCAUGGGUCUUGAAAACCGACCCGGUUUCUAUAACUUGGCAUUCAAUCAAAGGAGUUAAAGAAGAAUCAUACCCACAAAUCAUUGAUGCUCUUGUGCAAGAUGUUGAGGGUUUGGAUUCAACUAAUAUUUCCACCACAUCAUCAUAUUUUUUUGGGAAAUUGGUGGCAAGGGCAGCUAGGUUUGCUUUGAUUGCUGAAGAAAUUGGUUAUUUUGAUGUCAUCCCAAAAAUUCGAAAGUAUUUGAAGGAUACAAUUGAGCCAUGGUUAGAUGGAACCUUUGGUAGUAAUGGGUUUUUGUAUGAGAAAUCUUGGGGUGGGAUUAUAACCAAACAAGGGGCUACAGAUAUGGGUGCAGAUUUUGGUUUUGGGGUUUACAAUGACCACCAUUUUCAUAUCGGUUACUUUCUUUAUGGAAUUGCUGUUCUUGCUAAGAUAGAUCCCAUUUGGGGAAGAAAAUAUAGACCUCAAGCAUACUCUUUAAUGGCAGAUUUCAUGACAUUGGGUAGAGGCGCAAAUUCGAAGUAUCCUCGUUUGAGAUGCUUUGAUUUGUGGAAGUUACACUCAUGGGCUUCAGGAUUGACUGAAUUUGCAGAUGGUAGGAAUCAAGAAAGCACAAGUGAAGCUGUAAAUGCUUAUUACUCUGCUGCUUUAAUGGGGUUAGCUUAUGGAGACACACAUCUAGUUGCAGUUGGUUCAUUGCUUACAGCCAUGGAGAUUCAUGCUUCUCAACAGUGGUGGCAUAUUAGAGAAGACGACACCAUUUAUGCUCAAGAUUUCACACGUGAGAACAGAGUGGUGGGAGUUCUUUGGGCUAAUAAAAGAGACAGUGGGCUGUGGUUUGCUCCAGCUGAAUGGAAAGAAUGUAGGUUAGGGAUUCAAGUGCUGCCAUUGUUGCCAAUCACAGAAGUGCUGUUUUCUGAUGUGGGGUUUGUGAAGCAGCUUGUGAAAUGGACUUUGCCUGCUUUGGAAAGGGAAGGUGUUGGAGAAGGAUGGAAAGGGUUUGUGUAUGCAUUGGAAGGGGUUUAUGAAAAGGAAAUUGCUCUUGAGAAGAUUAGCAGAUUAAGUGGACAUGAUGAUGGGAAUUCACUUACUAAUUUGUUAUGGUGGAUCUUUAGCAGGGAUGAUAGUGAAGAUGGAAGUGGUAAACAUUGUUGGUUUGGUCAUUAUUGUCAUUGAAGCUGCCACCAUGUCAUUGUAUGCAGUAUUUUCUUGCACUUUUUGUGUAUAUUUUCUUCAAGUUUGAUGAUCUUGUUUUUCAGUUAUUUAAAUUUUCAGUUUUUUAUAUGAAUUAAUAAUAAAUACCUUUGUUUAAAGAAAAUCAAGAAGCAAAUCUUGGUGAAUGUAUCCUUCAAUCAAGCAAAUAGAAAUGAGAAAAAUUGG